AGCCAUUUGCCCAGCAAAUAACGGCAUGAACGACACUAUACGUCAAAGGUUCUUGGAUGUUCACAACGAGUUGAGAGCGCAGGUAGCUUCUGGACAAGCUAAAGACGGCCUUGGAGGUUAUGCGCCACAAGCUGCGGCCAUGCCUAAGCUUACGUAUGACUGCAAUGUUGAAAAAGGAAACACUGGAGAAAACAUUUACAUGAGAAGCCCCGCUUACGACGAAGUUAAGGUCGUCGAAGAUUCUUCGAGAUCGUGGUUCAGCGAGCUCGCAGAGUUUGGCGUAAGGACUGACCUUAUACUGGAUGAUGCACUAUGGGAUAGAGGAGUUGGCCACUACACACAGAUGGUAUGGCAGUCUACGACAGCCAUUGGUUGUGCAGUUCAAAGCUGCCCUACCAUGUCCUUCGUCGUCUGCAAUUAUAGUCCACCCGGCAAUAUGAUAGAUGUUUUCCGACUAAUUUGCAUGCCAAUCGAUAUCUUUGUUCUAUGGUACUUCCCGCCUUGUUGCAGUACUUCCAUCGACAUGCCUCCCAAAACUGCAAUGCCUCUCAAAUCUUUAAGGUCACGCAAUACUCCAAAAUCGGCUGAUCCUGUCCCUCAGCCACAACACGUCAUGGAUUCUAGUGCAUCGCAGAUUCGCAAUUUUAGGCGUCGCAACUUCUCGCCUCGCUUUCGCCUCACAGCACUCAAAUGA